AAACCUUUGGUGGCUUGCCAUUUUGACACUGCAAAGAGCACCCAGUUUUUGCCUGAAGACCUCCAGGGAAGGGAAGCUCACUCACUGUCUCUUGAAGCUAACCACUCCAGCUUCGUGUGGCGUCAAUGGUUAGGAUGUUUUCCUGGUGUGAUGAAAGCAGAUGAAGCCGGAAGAGGCUUCCUCAGGACAGGUUGAAGUCAUUGAAGUAUUCCCAUCACCAGAUGAUCCUGGCAUAUUGGGAAAUUCGGGGGCUUGCCCAUCCAAUCCGUUUGUUGCUGGAAUAUACAGGGACCCCCUAUAAGGAGCUGCUCUAUAACUAUGAAAAAUGUACUGAUUAUGAUAAAAAUGAGUGGGUUAAAGAAAGAUUCGCUCUUGGCCUCGACUUUCCCAAUCUACCCUACCUGAUUGAUGGCAACACCAAGAUCACCCAGAGCAAUGCUAUCUUACGCUACAUUGGACGCAAGCACAAGAUGUGUGGGGAUACCGAGGAAGAGAAAGUGCGGGUGGACGUUUUGGAGAAUCAAGCCAUGGAUUUCCGAAUGCAGCUGGUGAGGGUCUGCCAUGACCCAAACUUUGAAAAUAUGAGACUCAUCUACCUACAGCGCCUACCCACAACUCUACAGCUCUUCUCCCAUUUCCUGGGCACAAGGAAGUGGUUUGCCGGAAAGAAGAUAACUUUUGUGGAUUUCUCCAUGUAUGACGUUCUUGACCUGAACCGCAAGUUUGUGCCCACCUGCCUGGACCCUUUCCCAAACCUUCAGGAAUUCCUCAUUCGGUUCGAGGGCCUAAGGAAGAUCUCGGCUUACAUGAACUCUCCACGCUACCUCCCCAAUCCAAUAUUUCUGAAGAUGGCAAAGUGGGGCACUCAGUAGGACUCAGGAAGGUCCGGAGGCUGGAGGAAUGACUCUGACUCUGCUGAUUCUCAAGAAGUCAGAGGGUCCUUGGACUUCCUCCUGGGAUCUCCCCAAAUCAGAUUUCCCCAGUAAAGUGUAUUGACCACCGCUCUUUCCUCCUUCCUUUCUGUCCCUUCUCUCCUCAGCAUUUUCCCAGGUCCCUGGGUUCUCUAAGGUGCUGGCUCCCCUUUCUUGCCCCUCACCACUUACCUCUCCCCCCAUCCUUCACCCCCCUCCUCAUCUGCAAGGUCCUGCCAGUGUCUCUCCCACUGACUGACCUCUAGUAUCAACCAGGGUCAAGCUGACAAACGGCACUCUUGAAUUUAGUCUUCCUAUCCCUCAACAUUCUCAGUGGAGAACCAAGGGGGGAAGGCACAUGGCCUGGUAGGGAGGCCUACUGGUCUCCUCUAACGCUCCCCCCCCGCCCCUGCUCCCUAGACGAGCAUCCCAGUUCCCUGGGGUAGUCGAUCAGCCCAUCAAUCAACCAGCAAGUGUCUAAUAAGCUCCUACCCUGUGCAUGGCACAGUGCUAAGCUUUGGAGAUACUAAGACAAAAGUGAAAUGGUCCCUGCCCUCAAGGGGCUUAUGUGCCAACAGGUGAGAUAGCACAUGCAAAUAUAAUUAUAUUUGGAAUAAAUACAAGGAAAUCAGAUGCAAAGUAGGUGGGAGAGGGGGAAGAAUCAGAAAAGGCUCUAUGGUGGCAUUUGGAGUUUUUCCCUUGCAAGAAAUGGGAGCGUUUUUGGACCGGGCCAAUGUGGAAAUUUGUUUUGCUUGACUAUGCAUAUUUGUUAUAAGAGUUUUUCUUUUGUGUGUGUGCUGGGGAGACGGGAAGUGAGAGGGAGAGAAUUGCUCGUUGGAAGAUAGAAUAAAAUCUGAUUUAAAAAAGAGCAAAAGUAAGGAGGCCUUCUUGGAGAUAGAGGUAAGGGGAAGGCCAUUCUAGGUGAGGGGAGAAGGGAGAUGGCGUGUGUGAGGAACAGAAAGAAGGCCCAUUUGGCUGGUCAGAGUAAAAAGAAAGCUAGUAUAAGAAAGCUAGAAAGAUAGGUUGGGGCCAAGUUGUGAAGGGCUGGCUUCCCUUGUAGGUUGUGCCUGCUCAGAUGUGCCUCGUCUCUGUUCUAAGUCCUCCUUCCCUCUCAGAUCUGGAUCAGUUUGGUAGGGGGUACAGCAAGGGGGUGGGCAGUGUGGAAGCCCUAGGAGUCCUUAAAAGAGUCCUUAAUUAAGCUCGUGCCUGGAUUGAUGGAUGGAUUUCAAAUAAUAGGAAGCCAUAAGUUGUAGAUGAACUUUGGUUUGUACUCCACACCAGUGGAGGGAGCUGCUCUACUGAGAAUUCCUUCACUUUUGAAAUCCUAGGUCCUUGGCACACUGAUCAUAUCAAGAUAAUUCAUGCAAGGUAGACAAAAUCCAUGAGCACUACCCAAAGCCUACCGGUCGGUCUAUUGCUAUCAAAGUCUUCCUUGAUGUUUUAGAGAAGAAGCAUGGGAUAGGGAGAGUUAGCGUGAUAGAUGUGGAGUCUGGAAGAUGAGUUCAAGCCCCAUCUCUGACACUUGUUAGCUUUGUGAUCAUGCGCUACUAGAGGUGGGGAACCUUCGGCUUCAGUGGCCUUCUAGGCCCUUGGGUGUGGCCUUUUGACUGAAUACGAGUU